AUGAAGCGCGCAACAGACCAAAAUGACAGCGGUGGAAGGAACGAGCAACUGAGCAACGAAGACGUUGCCAAAAUUAGAGGCGAUCCAAUGGCCUACGUAGUGGAAGCGACCAAUAAAAAAAACAUCAUCCAAAUAAAGAAUGACCUUGAAUAUAUCAAAAAUAUAAUUCACAGUGACAUCAUCAAAAUUUUAAAAAAAAACGCACAAGAGUUUAUGUGUCUCCCCUCCAACUUAAAUCUCAUGGAAAAAAUGAUGCCCCCCUUAAAGAGACAAGUGGAAUUGUCCAAGACGUUUAUUCACGUCCUGCUCAGAGAAGUGCUUCAUAUCCAUACAGAUAAAUAUCAACUCUUGGUAGACAAAAUCAACAUGUCGUUUUUAAAAAACGUUUUGAAGAAUAACGUACAGGUGGAGGAGCUAUUAACUAAAUUACACAAAAAAAUAAAAAUGUUAAAUCAGAAUAAGCAAUUUCUAUCACUGAUCAGUAUGUAUAAUGAGCUCCACAGAGAGGACUUCCAUUUCGAGAGAACAAAACAGUUUCUUAUCCAACAUGUUAGGAUCAAUAACUUUAACUUGUUCUUUUACGUCAUCGAAAGAAUUGUCCUUGUCGCCAAAGCCACAUGGGAGAUAAAGGCCCUGCUAUAUAAUAAUUACAAAACCAUGUGCAAAAUAGCUAGCUCAUUACCUGCCUGGAAUAACCUCCUAGAUAAAUAUGGGAGGGCAUCCGAAUGUAGCGAAGACGCAAUCCAUUCUGCUAAGAAUAACUCCCUUAAACAGAUGAACGAAUGUUUAAGAAGGAUUAUGACUGAGAUUGGUUCGCACCUUCAUCGGGUUUGUUAUGUCUUCCUUCGAGUGGUGAAGGAUGCCCUCCCUGUCCGCUGCAGCAGGGACGCUAGUGGCAACUUCCUUCUGGAUCAGUGCCUGCAUGGCGUUGUGACUGCCUCCUACCUGCUCAACCGGAUGGACGCCUUCACUGAUUUGUUUCGCGAGAUCUUUGUGGACAGCCUGGCAGACCUCCCGUUCGAGUCCUACGACGCCUUCCUCACACACGCGAGAAGGCACCUGCUGGAAGACGAACGCGUCGCGGAGAUAAACAGGCACGUGGACGAAGUGGACCCAGGCGCGCUGUUCUGCGCCAAGGGAAUUGUGCAGAGUCUGCUGCAAAUCAUCAAGGAGAAAUUCCACGAAAUUUUUCUCCUCACCUACUGCGACAACUUCAUCGAAAAUUACACCAAAACGACGAGCUUUCUCAACGAAAUAAGAAGAAAAAAAGGAAGAAAAAAGUAUGAACAGUUCAUAAUUUCUGAACAUGUUCAUAAUUUUUUAAAAAAUUUCGAAAGGGAAGCAUACGCACAGUACAUCCUCAAUGUGCUGGAAAAUAAGAUAAAUGAGAAUUGCAAAAAUGUCAUCCUGUUUGAUAAAAAAUAUAUAUUUGAUGAGAAGUCUUAUUGGCUAAAGGAAACGAUCAAUUUGAUUAAAAUUUUUAAAAUUCUCUUUACGAGCAAGUAUUACAUUCCAAGUUCCCUUCCGAAUUAUCUGGCCUUCAUUUUUAAGCACUUUAAAAAUUACAUAGACAAUGUGGAAGCCUUUUUGCUUUUCCUGCGAGAAAAUCGCAACGCCAAAAUUUUUGGCACGGACAGAACGCGAUUCAAUUGGAGCCCUACGCUCAGCUACAACAGCGUGGGGUUUGUCCUGUCCGACUUGAUGUCCCUACGGAGGAUAUUUCAACACCAUGGGUGA